CUCUCUAUAGAUUCCUUCAAAACCUCACCCUUCUAUUUUCUCUCUCUUACAUUUCAUUUUCACUUCACCUUCUUCUUCCAUCAGUUUUUUCUUUUCUCUCUAUCUUUUUCUCUCUCCUCUUUAGCGACGACUUUUUUUUGUGCGAUCGAUUGAAAAUGGCGAAGGAAGUUACUGGAGGUGAGUUUAUGCUGUUUGGUGUUCGUGUAGUGGUUGAUUCUAUGAGAAAGAGUGUUUCUCUUAACAACUUAUCUCAAUAUGAACAUCGUCUUGAUUCUUCUUCUUCUAACGACGUCGUUCCUACUGCUGCUGCUGGUUAUGCUUCUGCCGAUGAUGCUGCUGUUGUUACUCAUUCUUCCAAUACUACCGCCGUUGUCAGCCGCGAACGCAAACGAGGUGUUCCGUGGACGGAAGAUGAACAUAAGCUGUUUUUGCUUGGAUUGCAAAAAGUAGGAAAAGGAGAUUGGCGAGGAAUUUCUAGAAACUUCGUUAAAACACGAACGCCAACUCAAGUUGCUAGUCAUGCUCAGAAAUAUUAUCUUCGAAGGAGUAAUCUCAAUCGUCGUCGUCGUAGAUCUAGCCUUUUCGAUAUCACUACUGAUUCGGUUGCUGCAAGUCAAUCGAAUGAUCAACAAAUCGAUAACAAUGGAGUUUCUGAAUCUUCACCUAUACAACAAGUUUCACCUAAUUCAGAGAUCUCGAAUAUCAGAUUUUCAUCACCUACAGCUCCGAUCUAUCCUUCAACGACGUCGUACAAUCAUGAGACGAACCUUGUGAGAGUUUCUUCAACAAGUAGCAGUAACAGCACAUUAAUGGCGGAUUUCGAUCUGAAUAAGAAGGAAUCAUCAUCGUCAUUAUCACUCAACCUUUCUCUCUCUAUGACGUCAUCGGAUCUCGCGAAUUCGAGAAAUAUGGCGUUUAAGGUUAUGCAAGGGUUCAACAAUGGAGAUUGCAGUAUCAGUGUGGCUUGAAGGAUUACUGAGAUUUGAUAAUGGAGUAAUUAAAAUUAAUUAAAAAAAGUAAUAAUAACCUGGAAAUUAAAGAGGAUGAUUAAUCAAAUGUGGUUGAGAAUUAUUGCUAGUAGGUUUUUGAAUGGAUAAGUUUUAUUAUGAUAAGUAAUUAUCAUUAUGCUAAUUAAGGGAGGUAGUUCUAAUUCUAAUAUUGAACCUGAACUUUUUAAUUUUUUUUUUUUUGGUUCUUUUGUUAUUUUGUUGUCGCUGGUUGUUAUGUACAGACUGUAAAAUGUAAUGUUGCCUCUGGUUUCUUUAUAAUCUUUUGUAUUGUGUUGUUUUUA